GUAUUUCCCAGCCAAGAUCCACUGGACAGAGCAGAUUUCAAUGCUGUGGAGUAUAUUAAUACUCUCUUUCCCACUGAGCAAUCUUUGGCAAACAUCGAUGAAGUUGUGAACAAAAUCAGAUUGAAAAUAAGGAGGUUGGAUGACAACAUUCGAACCGUAGUGAGAGGACAGACCAACGUGGGACAGGAUGGCAGGCAGGCCCUGGAAGAAGCCCAGAAAGCCAUUCAACAGCUCUUUGGUAAAAUUAAGGAUAUUAAAGACAAGGCUGAAAAAUCUGAACAAAUGGUUAAGGAAAUCACACGGGAUAUCAAGCAGCUGGAUCACGCCAAGCGUCAUCUGACCACCUCCAUCACCACCCUCAAUCACCUGCACAUGCUGGCGGGGGGUGUGGAUUCACUGGAGGCUAUGACCAGGAGGAGACAAUAUGGGGAAGUUGCCAACCUUCUCCAAGGUGUCGUGAAUGUGUUAGAGCACUUCAACAAAUACAUGGGGAUUCCUCAGAUUCGACAGCUUUCUGAAAGGGUGAAGGCAGCACAGAAUGAGUUGGGACAGCAGAUCCUGGCUGACUUCGAGGAAGCCUUUCCUUCUCAAGGUACAAAGAGGCCCGGUGGACCCAGCAAUGUCCUACGUGAUGCGUGUCUAGUCGCCAAUGUCCUGGAUCCCAGAAUCAAACAGGAAAUCAUCAAGAAAUUUAUUAAACAACACCUCUCAGAGUAUCUGGUCCUUUUCCAGGAAAACCAAGAUGUGGCCUGGCUGGAUAAGAUUGACAGGCGCUACGCUUGGAUAAAGCGUCAGCUGGUGGACUACGAGGAGAAGUACGGGCGCAUGUUUCCCCAGGAGUGGUGCAUGACGGAGCGCAUCGCUGUGGAGUUCUGCCACGUCACAAGGGCAGAGCUCGCUAAGAUAAUGCGCACGAGAGCAAAGGAGAUUGAGGUGAAAUUGCUUUUGUUUGCCAUUCAGAGGACAACCAACUUUGAAGGACUUCUGGCUAAACGGUUCUCAGGUUGCACUCUAGCUGAUGGGACAGUGAAGAAGCCAGAAGUGCCACCUCCCUCCACCAACCCAUUUCUGGAGGAUGAAACUGGGACAGAGACAGAUGAGAUUGCGAUCGAGAAAAGCGAUAUGGACAAACCAAAGAAGCCAAAGGCCCCUGACAAUCCUUUUCAUGGCAUUGUUUCCAAGUGCUUUGAGCCUCACCUCUACGUCUAUAUCGAGUCCCAGGACAAAAAUCUCGGCGAACUGAUUGACAGGUUUGUGGCUGACUUCAAGGCUCAAGGUCCCCCCAAACCCAACAUGGACGAAGGAGGAGCUGUCCUGCCCAGCUGUGCCGACCUCUUUGUAUACUACAAGAAGUGCAUGGUGCAGUGCUCCCAGCUCAGCACAGGCGAGCCAAUGAUAGCCCUCACCACCAUAUUCCAGAAGUACCUUCGGGAAUACGCCUGGAAAAUUCUGUCUGGAAACCUGCCCAAGACAACUAGCAGCAGUGGUGGGCUCACCAUCACUAGUUUGCUGAAAGAAAAGGAAGGCUCUGAAGUGGCUAAGUUUACUUUAGAAGAGCUCUGCCUCAUUUGCAGCAUCCUUAGUACUGCAGAGUACUGCUUGGCAACCACCCAGCAGUUGGAAGAGAAACUCAAAGAAAAAGUGGAUGCAAGUCUAGUGGAGAGAAUCAACCUGACGGGAGAGAUGGACACUUUCAGCAUUGUGAUCUCCAACAGCAUACAGCUGUUAGUGCAGGACCUGGAUGCAGCCUGUGACCCUGCCCUGACUGCUAUGAGCAAGAUGCAGUGGCAGAACGUAGAACAUGUUGGCGACCAGAGUCCUUAUGUCACCUCAGUGAUUCUCCACAUUAAACAGAACGUCCCCAUCAUCCGUGACAAUCUGGCCUCCACGAGAAAGUAUUUCACUCAGUUCUGUAUAAAAUUUGCAAACUCCUUCAUUCCCAAGUUCAUUAACCAUCUCUUCAAGUGCAAACCUAUUAGCAUGGUGGGCGCAGAACAGCUGCUCCUGGACACGCACUCCCUGAAGAUGGUUCUCCUGGAUCUGCCCUCCAUUGGGUCCCAAGUGGUGAGGAAGGCUCCUGCCAGCUACACGAAGAUAGUGGUGAAAGGCAUGACUCGGGCUGAAAUGAUCCUGAAGGUGGUUAUGGCUCCGCAUGAGCCCCCGGUUGUGUUUGUCGACAAUUACAUCAAGCUCCUUGCUGACUGCAGCACCGACACUUUCCAGAAGAUACUAGAUAUGAAGGGCCUGAAGAGAAGCGAGCAAAGCAGCAUGCUGGACCUCUUCCGCCAGCGCCUCCCGGCUCCCCCCUCCGGAGUGGAGAACGCCGGCUCCCUCUCGCUGAGCGCUCCUACGCCCGAGCAGGAGUCCUCUCGGAUACGGAAACUGGAGAAACUCAUCAAAAAAAGACUCUAAGUGAGCAGAAGGAAACUCCGUUGCUCGGGACUAGCUGCGGUGACUGAGAGCAGAGCUCGUCAGACUUAAGAUUUACAGUAUGCUGCUGAAAAAUCCGUGUCCCAUCACUCCCAUGCCCUGUGAUCUCUU